CACAAAACUUGCAAUCACUGCUGAGCAUCACUAGCUAGCUAAUACACUCAUCCGUAGCAUAAAAAUGCAAUCAUGACAUUUUCAUAAUUUCAAUCAAAUUUAAUUUAUACAAAUCAUACUUACAACAAAAAAAUGUCACAUAACACUACAACUACAGAUUACAGUUAUUUAGUGGGCGGUUUUCGUGCAUAUAUUUGUCCAAUUAUUGCCAUAGUCGGUGUAAUUGGAAAUAGUUUUAUUAUAUUAAUUUUUAUCAAAGAUAAACCACGAUCAAGAUUUUCAAUUUAUUCAAUCGCUUUAGCUAUUGCCAAUAUUAUUACAUUAAUUAUGAAUACAUUUAUUGAUGACUUUCUUGGACGUGGUCUAUAUUACGCAACAAAUCAUCAAUUCUAUUUUAAAUUAGAUACAACUUCAGAGUUUUGGUGUAAAAGUGUUGAAUAUAUAUCGAAUACUAUGUAUUUCACUUCAUCUUAUUUAAUUGUUAUCUUUUCCAUUGAUCGUCUAUUGACUAUUCAUAAACCUAUUAAAUUUUAUUCUAUAAAUCAUAAACGUUGCGCUUUGAUUGCAUGCAUUAUUAUAUAUUUACUAGGAAUAAUUAGUAAUUCACCAUUGUUAUUUGUACAAACUUUAAUGAUUGAUACAUCAAGUCGGACAAAUUUCACUUGUCGAAUGAUAUCUGAACAUCCUAUAGCAAAGUUUACGAUCACAUUUGAAACAAUCAUCACAUUCACAAUACCAUUUUUUCUUGUGCUAUUUUUAAAUCUAUUCAUUUGUAUUCAUUUAUGGAAAUUGAAAAUUAAUAGAGAAGCUUUACUACCGGCAGACUCUUCUCGGAAUCGUAUGGAAAUGGGACGAGUUUCCGGACAUUUAGCUUUGAGUACUGCAUUCUUAUUGCUAUAUCUACCGAUGGUGUGUUUUGUAUUAACACGAUUGAGUCAAACUUUAUUACAUGUGGAUAGGCAUAAGCCAUAUGCAAUGUCUAUUAUUGAUUUGUCCAGACUUUUUUCAUCUGUUAAAGAUAUAACUUAUGCAGUAAACUUCUUUCUGUAUCUGAUAUUCUUGAAAAAUUUUAGACAACGAUUUCUACGUGUAAUUUCUACAAUGUAUUGUAAAAAGAUGUCACCAAGAACACAAAGAACAGUGCAAAGACCAGAAAACAGAAGAGUACGUACAUUUUAAAGCAUCUUUUGGUUAAUUGAUAAAUUCAUAUUUGUAUGAUUUAUUUUUUCAGAAUUUGAAGGUUAAUAAACGAGAAAUAUAGCUUGUAAACAGGUUUAUCUAAUAUGGAUUUUCUUGUCAAAAACACUUUUCUCCAUUUAAUAUUUAUGUUUAUUAACCGGACUGU